CAUACUCGUUACAUACUGCAGUCUACAUAGUAUAUUAUACAUUACUUACCUCAUAUUUUAUUUUAUAUAUUGUACAAAUUGAAUUAAUACUAAUUCAAAUAAAUAAAAUAUAAAUUAUGUUUCUUAGAUCAGUAGCUGGCGCAUUAACAGCAGUGAACCGUAUGCCGUUUUUAAAGUUGUUCAAUCCUAGUACUAGUGUACAUACUACGGCAGCUCUUCAGUUAAAAGAAGUUAAAGCGACUAAACAAGAAAAUACUUUGAUCAUCGAAGGAGUUCAAGUCACUUCACCUAGGACAGAUUACCUCAUUAAAAUGCCCAGCGAGUGCUGUCCGCUGUGUCGUCUAAAUCUUGAUGUUAAACAUACCGAUGUAUUAAUUCUUAGUCAAUUUGUCAGACCAGAUGGCUGUAUGAUGCCUCGGCGUGUAACUGGUCUUUGUAAAACCCAGCAAAAAAGAGUUGGUAAAUUAGUAUCUAUGGCACAUAAAGCAGGAUUGAUGUGCAACAUAACUCUGGAAAAUAAGAUAAAAAAUCCUAGCAACCGAAAAGAUUGGAAAAAAUAUAACACAUACUUUGAUGAGUCAACUAUUAAAAUAUAUGAAACACACUUUCUUAAAGCCAGAAAGGAAGUUAUUGAAAAAUAUAUGAAGUCUAUAAAAGGACAGUAGGAAAAGAUCAAUAAUUAAUAUGUGUAAAAUAAAUAUUGGAUUUCAAAUUAUAGAUAAUAUUAGAUAUUCAAUUUAUAAUUCUUAUCUUGGUAAAAUACAGUAAUAAUAAUAUUUAAACAA